AUGAUAACCAACCCCAAUGAUGGCGCAACGACUUCAGGAGCUGACCCGGAAGAAGUUCAUAAUCCUUCCAUCCUAUCUGAAAAGUUGGAAGAGGACGAAGAUGAUACCUGCUGUCGUAAAGUAUCAUGCUGCGUACCGAUUCUUCGUGAACUGAUAGUAACCCAGCCCGUUUUCCCAUGUUGUCAUCUCGUCACAUGGUCCACCGUGUUCUGGUUGACGACGAGCACGAUCCUAAUCUUCAUGUCUUGGGCUACGCUGUACUUUAUCAUCGGGGAAUCCAUGUUUCCGGGAGGUUCCGUUUUCGGACUUUUCGCGCUGUUCAUCUUCGGCUACGUCCUCGGUUGGUCACUCAGUUACAUCCCGUUUUUAAAUGUACCCCCUGUAUUCGGAAUGCUGGUGGCCGGUAUUAUUGUACGUAACACCAUUUGGCGCAAUUUUAACGAAGACGUCAGUUUCCGUCUUACCGGCAAGAUACGUACGUUCUGCAUUACUUUUAUCAUGAUGCGAGCCGGGCUUCAAAUUACAACUUCGACCAUCCGAGACCAUUCUUUUUCCAUCUUGACCCUGGCUCUGAUUCCAUGCACGAUCGAAUUGAUCCUCACCAGUAUCCUCAGCAAGCUUAUACUUUCAUUUCCAUGGAACUGGGCUUUUCUAUCCGGGACGAUCUUGGCUUGCAUGUCUCCAGUGCUAACGGUGAACACUGUGCUUGGACUCGCUGAAGUAGGAUAUGGAGAGGAUAAGGAUAUGGCCACAUUUCUUUGCACGGCCUCUACCAUUGAUAACGUCCAUAUUACCUCCCUGUUCCCGAUUUUCUUCUCAUUUGUCAUGAACGGAGAUAAACGUAGAACGGAAUGGUGGUCGUACAUUCCCGGAGGACUUCGGGACCUUCUCCUCAGCAUCAUCGUGGGGACCCUCUUGGGUACUUUGUUCGUAUUCUUUCCCCACCGCAAAAGUAAACACUCGAUGCUAUACCGUAUCUUCUGUCUGGUGGCAGCUUCUCUGAUGUGCACGAGCGCGGCUUCGAAGAUGGGGAUGACCGGGGCCGGGUUUCUCACGACGGUGAUUCUUUCGUUCAUCGCGACGACCGGCUGGCGCUACCUGACGGUCCCGUUCGAUGCCUUGCCAGUACGUAAAGUUGGAUACUUUCUUUGGCACUUCCUACAUCCAGUCCUUGUUUCACUGGUUGGAGCCGAAAUAGAUCUACAUAAUUGGCAUCUGAAAAGAUUUGGCCUCUAUACUUUAAUCGUAUUCGUUGGAGCAAUAACUCGGAGUAUUCUUGCUGCACUGUCCGCGUUUAAAACCCCUCAACGAGCUUUUACGCUAAAAGAACGCCUGUUCAUUGCUCUGGCCUGGUUGCCAAAGGGGUCUCUGCAGGCAGCUCUUGCUCCAAUGGCAUACGAGAUUGAGCAAGAGGACGCUGAUGAGAACCUAAAGGAACUAGUGACCGAUUUGGUGCGAUUGUCGACAACCUCAAUAAUAUUUCUUGCUCCACUGGGAGCAUUUUUGAUGCCGAAUUUUGGACCAUUACUGUUAAACAAAGCCAGUGAAGAAGAAGUCUUGAGACGUCGCAAGUUGAGUUACCUUCGUCUUCUGAGUCUUCAACCAGUCACAAAGUUCAGGCGUAAAAGUACUCGUCAGUCCCAGGAUCAACAUACCGAAUCACGAGAAGAGAUCUGA